AUUUUGGGUGUCGAAGAAAUCGGGUUUACUUCUGAAGAAAAUCAGUAACAACUUUACAACUAAACUUAACGACUAAUCCAAGAAACAGGCGGCGGCUCCCGUUAUCACCGCCACCGUCACCGCCGCUCUACUGCCGCGUGUCUAUCCUCCCCUCUUUUCCCACAGCUAACAAUCUCCAGUUCUCGUUCAAUUCGCCAGCUCGAAUUCUUCAGCAAUGGAUCUGGCGGAGGAGCUUCAAAGCCUCAGCGUUUCCGACAUCCUCAAGGAAUCAAUUUCGAUCCCCAAGCAAUCCCCCAAAACUUUCUACCUCAUAACCCUAACCCUAAUUUUCCCCCUCUCCUUCGCGAUCCUCGCUCACUCGCUCUUCACGCACCCGAUCAUCUCGCAGCUCCAAUCCGACUCCCCCGCCGCAGCCGCAUCGGACUGGUCGCGCCUCCUGAUUUUCCAAUUCUUCUACCUCAUCUUCCUCUUCACGUUCUCGCUCCUCUCCACCGCCGCCGUCGUCUUCACCGUCGCCUCGCUCUACACCAACAAGCCCGUUUCCUACUCCUCCACCGUCGCCGCCGUCCCCAGCGUGUUCAAGCGCCUCUUCCUCACAUUUCUGUGGAUCGCCUUGUUGAUGGUCGGGUACUACAUCGUUUUCCUUGGGUUUCUGGUGCUCCUAGUCUACUCCGUCGACACGCAGAAUGUAGGGCUGUUUGUGUUCUCGAUUCUGGUGGUUUUCACAUUGUUUUUGGGGGUUCAUGUCUACAUAAGCGCAUUGUGGCAUCUAGCCAGCGUUGUUUCAGUUCUUGAGCCCGUUUAUGGAUUUACCGCCAUGAAAAAGAGCUAUGAGUUGCUCAGGGGGAGGACUUACAUUGGUUUCUCGAUUGUGUUCGGUUAUCUGACUAUAUGUGGAGUGAUCAAUGGCAUCUUCGCAUCCAUUGUGGUGCACGGAGGGGAUGAUUACGGCGUGUUUACGAGGAUUAUGGUGGGUGGAUUCCUGGUUGGGGUGUUGGUGAUAGUGAACUUGAUCGGGUUGUUGGCGCAGAGUGUGUUUUACUAUGUCUGCAAGAGCUACCAUCACCAGACAAUCGAUAAGAGUGUGUUGUACGAUCAUCUUGGAGGAUAUCUUGGGGAAUAUGUGCCGCUUAAGAGCAGCAUUCAGAUGGAAAACUUGGAUGCUUGAAUCCGUAGCUCUAUCAUCUACUAUGGCAGAAGAAAAAUCAAAACCAUUAAACUAAAGAGGGACACGGCUCGCCUUGUAUUAACCGUGGUGAAUGUAAAGCAGUUGGAAAAAAGUAAGUUGGUUCGCUUUGUGUCUAUUUUGAUGUUGCUGGUGGACUGCAUUUUUGUACACUGAAUUAGUCAAGAGGAUAUGGGAGCUUAAAAUUCAAAAUUGACAGUUUUCUCUCUAUAUUUUCUGUAUUUGUAAUGUUAAUAUUUGAAAGAUCUCCGCAUUAUAUUUUUCCA